AUGAUAGACGAGGUAGAAAAUGGCAACACGAUGCCUUACAUGAUGAAAGAUAUCGACGAAGAAUUUUUAGAACAAAACACAACUCAGCAGACGAAUAAGAUAAAACUUCAAAAGGCAGAAGCUGCUAAAUUACUCAUGUCGAAAGAAGUUGAAGACUUUAAACGUAAGAUCGAAGAACAGUCGGGGAAAAUAGAUCGAUUGAAAGAUGAAUUAGAAGGAACAAACGCGAACAUAGAAAAGAUCAACGACGAAGUUCAAAAUUUACAUAAUGACAAGAUCAAGUGGCAAAAGAAAUGUCAGAACUAUGAAUCGGAAUCCAAUCGUUUAGAAAAAGAAAUACAACGCAAUGAAGAUCAAAUCGAAAGUUUGCAAGAAGAAAAAUCUCGACUCCUUAGUGAGAAGACUCGUCUACUCGAACAAGUCAAAGAACUCGAAUACGAACAACAGCAGAUUGCAAACAAACAAAAGCAAUUUGCCGAGCAGGGUGAACGAUUGAAUGAACAAUUGGAAGAAUUGAAAAAAGACUCGGAACAGCUGAACAAAGAAGUUCGACAAAUCGAACGAAAAAUUGGCCAAUGUCAAAGUGAUUUAGCAGAAAUUGAGAGACAACUUGCUGUUGUGGAAGAACGACAACGCGAACUCGAACGACAAUUGAACGAAACUGAAUUGAAUCGUGAUCGUCUUGAAUUAGAAAUGAAAAAAGUCGCCAGUUGCAUUCAACAUAUCGAACAAGCCAUCGAUAUGAAGAAAAAUCGAAUCAAUGAAUACAAUCAAUACAAAGAACAACUACAAGCAGAAGAAAAUCAAGCUCAACUAGAAUUCGAACGUGUUCAACAAACAAAAAGCGACAUACAAAGCAAAAUCAAAGAAUUAGAAGCGAAAGCUCAACUGAGUCGAACAGAGUUGAACAGGUUAAAAGCGUUAAUUGUUAAAGAGGAACAAUUAUCUAAAGAAUUAUUGGAAAGAAAACAAAGAACUGAACGUGACAUACAAGCGAAAAACCAAGAGAGGAUCACAUUGAAUGAUGAAAAACAGAAGCUUUCUCAGAAGUUCACUCUUAAAAACGAUGAACUCAGAAGAGCUGAAGAAAACCACGCAGCACUCGAAGAACGUUUAAAGACUCUGCAAACUGAAUUAAACGCUUUGAAAACGGAUUUGGACAAGCAAAUGAAAGAACGAAAUCAGUUUCAAAUAGAAUUAGGACAAGAAAUCCAAAAGAAACAGCAACUUAGUUUCGAGUUGCACAGUAAGCAACAGCAAUGUCGUACAGCCGAACAAGAUGUCAAAGAACAAACGAAAAAAGUGCAACAAAUUGAAAAGAGUUUGCGACAAAGUGAGGCCAAAGAAGAAGAAGCUCGAGACCAAGAAACCCGAAUCAAACAGCAAGAAAAUCGACUUAUAAAUCAACUUAUAGGACUCCAAGCAAAACUCGAUAGUGCGAAGAGAAAACUGCAGGAAACGAACGCCAAAGAUCAAACCGCUCUUCAACAAGCUCGAGAUCUCGUUGAUCAAUGCCAAAAUGAUGUUGAGAGAACUAAAGUGAUUCUCCAGCAAUGCACAAAUGCUCGAGUAGCACAAGAACAGAUACAUUUCAAAAAGCAAAAGGCAACAAAUCAAUAUCAGGAAGAACUCAAUGCAGCGAAAGAGACUUUAAAAACAGCUGAAGAACAACGAGACAAACAGGUACGCGAGGUAAUCGAGUUGAAGACCCAAGUGGGAAACCAGACUGUAGCUAUUAAUGCCGCAAAAAGCAACUGGGAACGGUUAUCGACAGAUUGCAAAGAAACUACAAAGAAAAUCAAGGAGAAGAACAAAGCGAUCAGCAAAGUUCAGUCCGAAGAUGAUAAGGAGAACAGAAAAAUAAACAGUUUGAAAAGAGAAAUCUCUUCGCUGCAGCAAUCGCAAGAAGCUCUUCAAUCGAAAAUCGAACAAACAAAUCUCGACAUCAGCCAAUACGAAGAACAACUACGUCAACUGGAUCAACAGUAUUCAUCGAAACAGAACGAUAUUAAACAGAUGCAAAGCGAACAAACUGCUUGUCUUGUUGAACUUGAGCCAUGUGAGCAACAACUUCGACAACAACAACAACUGAUUCAUGAGACAGAUCUUUUUUUGCAAAGUGCCGUUCACACUUUAGAAAAUAUUCAAACCAACAAGAAAAACGCUUUUAAAUCAGCGCUGCAAUUGGAAAACGAUCUGAUUGAACAACAACAAUUACUACACCAAGCACAAAAACAAAAAGUCAAAUUCGAUGAAAAACAUGCACAAAAUCAGAUAGAAUUAGGAAAACAAAACCAGCAGAAGGAAAAACAUCAGAACGAGAUUAGCCGUUUGACAGAUAGAAUGAAACUAUGCCAACGGUCUUUCGAUGAGAAACAAAUGGAAUUGGAUGAUUUACAAUCGAAAAUCAAACGAAAAGAAUCAGACAUAUCCAAAGUUCAACAAAAGCGUGACGAACAAGAUCAGAAAUUGGAAAAUAAUCGUAUCGAAUUGAAACAAAUCAAUAGUAAAGUAGUGAACAUUGAUACUCAUAUGGAGAAGAUCGACGAGAAUAUUAAACGAAGUCGAACUAACAAAAGCAAAGACGAGGAACUCCUUAAGAUGAAGAAGACUUCAUUGGAAAAUGCAGAACAAUCGUUGAAACAAAUCUUGGAUAACUACGACGGUAAAGUGAAUCUUGUCAAUGCUAUGAACAAAGUGAGAAUCAAAAGAGAGACAGAACAACAGAAGGUCGAAGAAAAGCUAAGCGAGAUGAAGAGAAAGCAAGCCGUAUUGACAAGAGCAUCUAGUAUACAACAGCGACAAAUUCAACAUUGGAGAAAUGUUUGUGCAACGCAAGAUCCCAAUUUUGAAACAGAGAAUGUUGGACAACCAGCAGAAGUUGAAGCAUCGAAGAUACAUCAAAUGAAACAAACAGACGAAUACAACAAACUCAAUCAAAAUCAUAUGACUCAACUGCGAUAUAAUUACGCUUAG